AUGUCCAAGGUUACUGCUAGCGGUAUCAUCUCUGGAAACAUCUCCACCCAGCGCAUCAAGCUUAACAACGGCCAAGAGAUCCCCCAGGUCGCCCUGGGUGUCUACAAGGCUCCCAACGAUGGCUCCACCGAGAACGCCUGCAAGUGGGCUUUUGACGCUGGUUACCGUCACAUUGACUCUGCUGCUCGUUACAUGAACGAGGAGUCGGUCGGUCGCGCUCUUGCCGAAUGGACCAAGGAGAACAACGUGCCCCGUUCCGAAAUCUUUAUCACCUCCAAGCUCUGGGACGCUGACCACGACAAGGCCGCUGCUGCCAUCGAAGACUCGCUCAAGAAGCUCAACGUCGAUUACAUGGAUAUGUAUCUCAUGCACUCGCCCGGUACCAUGGGCGCCGAGAAGCGUCUCGAGGCAUGGAAGGCGCUCGAGGAAGCCGUCGAUGCCGGCAAGAUCAAGACCAUCGGUGUCUCGAACUUUGACGUCGAGGAGCUCGACCACCUCCUUGCCAACUGCCGCAUCAAGCCCGCCGUCAACCAGAUCGAGUCGCACCCCUUCUUCGCCCACGAAGAGCUUCGGGAGGCCUGCAUCUCUCGUGGUAUCCACAUCCAGGCUUACUCGCCCAUGGCUCAGGGUCAGGCUCUCGACCGCCCCGAGAUCAAGACUAUCGCAUCCAAGCACGGCAAGACCCCUGCUCAGAUCCUGCUCAAGUGGGGUCUCACUCAUGGCAACAUCAUCCUCCCCAAGUCCUUGACCAAGCACCGUAUCGAGUCCAACGCCCAGCUCUUCGACUUUGAGCUCGACAGCGACGACAUGGACGUCCUUGACAACCUGGACGAGGGUAUGAAGGUCGGAAAGUUGGGCCCAGCAGGCACAUCGCAGCCUGCAUCGCCCGGAGGAACCCGUCCUGGCUCCCGCCGCUCCUCCGGCUCGGGUGGUCUCUCUGGCAACAAGCUCCAGAUGUCGUCGUCGUAA